CAGAGAGACAGCUGGCUGGAAUCUUAAGGGUCUUUGGAAUAUGUAUGGAAAAUGUGAAGAUGCAACGCGAAUACGCAAUUGAUCCCCCAGAAGAUGAAAACCAAAAGCUUUUUAGGCCGUUCUCCAAAUCAUGUGCUGUGCCUUACAGACUAUUAGAAGACUGACCGCUUAAUUUAAGUGCACGAAUAGUUAGAUGAGGCUCAUAAUGGAAGGCAGGCAUACAGGGCACCAACUGCAUAAACCCAUCAAAGAGCUGAGCCACAUCAGCUUGUAUUUUCCAAGGGGAAGAGUCAGGAGAUUUACGUACAAGGGCAGUGCUUCUUCACAGGACCAGCCCAUUAACUGCUUUGCUAAGUAUGACCAGGCAAAGGAGGAGCCGGAGGGAGCAAAACAGAAGGCCCAGUCUUGUGAGAGCACUGCGAAGCAUCUGAACUUAACAACAACAAAGGGUGCUGUUACAGAGUCUCACAAGCUGACUGCAGAGCAGGAGAGGGUCCUGACGGAUCUGUUUGCUAUAUGCGCCUACUGCAGGACCAGAUUUCAAAUGGGAAACCAGGAUGGGAAACUCCAGGGCUACCCGGAGAGUGGGAACCUGCGGACAGGCGACGAAGACGGGCGCUUUAGCAGCAGCAGUGAUGUACAGCACUUCCAGUCACUUUCCAUAUCGACUGAGCGGAAGAAAACUGCCUCCAAAAGCAGAAAGAUGAAGAAACUUGGCACUAGGAAGAGGGAUAGCGCAGAAGGGAUUCUGCAGAGUAAAAUCAAAAGGAAAGUGUACAGUGACACAGAGUCUUCCUCCGUCUGUGUUUCUAAAGGAAAAGACAGGAACAUUUACAGCAAACUUCCUGCAAGUCCCAAAGACCCUGGAGUAGUGACCUGCACCAGCAUGGAAAGCAGUGCCACGUCAGCUUCUGAGGAAAAGGAUAAGAUAGAAAAGGAAGACUGGGAAUUUUUAGAGCACUCCAAAAACUUUGAGUCAGACACAGACCUGUGCAGUGAAUUAUCUGAGUAUGAUAACGAGUUGCUCACAGGGUAUGGGGUUUCGUACGGCAGCAGCUUCCUGGAUGAGCAAGACAACAUUAAACUGGAGCGGAGUAUGUGUGGAUAUUACAUGGACAGCAUGUCGGAGCACAGUUCACCUGGCAAGGCUGUUAAGAAGUCUGCAGAUCAGCCUUACCGUUACCAACAUGGAGUUCACAAAAGAGAAACUGGGAUUAAAGUUGUUGCUAAACUGCAGGAGGUGGAAGCUGUUGUGCAGAAAGUGCACCGAGGAGAGUCGGUGGAAAGCAAAGAGUGUGCAGAAGCAGCAAAUGAUAGCGUCACUUCAGGGUUCACUGUAGUGCAAAGUAGACUUCUCACUAAAGAAGAUGUACUCGCAGGACCUGUGGCUGAUUCAGAAUCCAGUUUAAGUUUGACUCAGGACUGCAAUAAAAAGGAUCGCUCUGGCUCGGGGCAGCACAGGGAAGCAGCUUUCUCUGACAAUGAGUCAUGCAAUCUCGGCGAAGUGGUCAAUAGAAAUCUUUUUAAAGUUAUACAAAGUGACAGUUUCGAUGAAACCGCCGAAUUGAAAUGCCUGAGAAUAAGCAGAACCGCCUCAAGGGUUUUAGAGGGAACGCGGGACAGCAAAAGUGCAUUAAGCCUAGACAAAAAUAACCCAGAAUUUCUGAGGCUACCCCUGCAGUACAGUGCUGAGGGAAACAGCAGUUUUAAAUUAGAGGGCAAGAGCCCCACUUCACCUUCAUUAGCUGCUGUAUGUAACGUGUUUAACAGCUCCUUCCCCUCGUCCAAUAGUUACCAGCGCAUGUCACCUGCCCCGUCCCCGUUGUCCUCCAGACUUCCCAGCCCGCAGCUUAAACACAGGAUCCUGCCUCUACCCCGGCAGUGCACAGAGAAGGAGGAGGCUCUACCUGCUGCAGGCUUUUCAAUAGACAUUGUGCAGGAGCCCCCUACACAGAGACCCACUUCAGAGGUUCUGGAUCAGAAUGGGAACAAAAGCACCGUGACACACCUGGACUUGAGUCAGAAUAGAGAGAGGCAGGGUAACCGUGGGAAACGCAAUGGAGCAAGUGUUCCAGCCCCAGAGGAUCCCGGUUUGAAGCAAGACCAGGUCUGGCUGUCGGACAGUGAAGAUGUCCUGUUCAGUAACCAUGAGACGGUAUUGCUGCGGGGCUCAAGGCCAGAGCACUUAGACUUCCUCCGGAUCACGCCGGUGGAAGAUGGCAGCUACGUGGACACACAGUACUAUAGUCACCAGGAGCUGGAUUCAGAGCUGGCCUCUCCCACUGAUAGUGAUGACAGAACGCCCAAGCGGCUGGUGGCAGUGUGGCCUCCACCCAAACCCAAAGAAGAAGAAGAGAAAGUGGGCCUGAAGUACACGGAAGCUGAACAUCAAGCUGCCAUUCUUCACCUAAAGAGAGAAAGUAAAGAAGAAGUCGAAAACUUACAAAAAAACUUUGAACUGCAGAUCUUUGAAAUACGAGGGGAGCAUGCUGUAGCGAUUGCGAAACUCGAAGAUAAAAUUGAAGGACUCAAAAAGGAUUUGGAAAACAAUGUCUGUAAUAAAGCCAGGGGAGAACUCAAAGAGGUCUCUGUUUCCACGGAAGACGACGUGCCGCCAAAAUCCUUCCGCACCGUGUGCAUCCAGACAGACAGGGAGACCUUCCUCAAGACCCCUGAGGAAGAGACCAGGACUAUCCAAAGCAAUCAAACCGUGCCUAAAAAGCUGGACCUCGAGUCUAUAAACAAGAGUCUUGCGGGCAAGACAGAACCUGGUGGUUCAGGACCAGUGCCACCCCCUCCUCCCCCCCCUCCACUCCCAGGUGCUGGGCCCCCUCCACCUCCACCUCCCCCCCCCCCUCCACUCCCAGGUGCUGGGCCCCCUCCUCCUCCUCCACUGCCUGGUUGCAGGCCUCCUCCGCCCCCUCCUCUCCCAGGCUCCGGCCCUCCCCCCCCUCCUCCUUUACCAGGUGCCGGGCCCCCUCCCCCACCUCCACCCCCUAUGCCCGGCUGUGGACCCCCGCCACCACCCCCUCCCCCAGGAGGCUUUGCUUUCAGCCAGAUGCUUGACAAAAGGCCCCGGAAACCUGCGAUAGAGCCAGCAUGCCCCAUGAAGCCGCUGUAUUGGACUCGAGUUCAGCUCAAAGAGAACAGUGAUAGCACUUUGUGGGGGUCACUGGAGGAGCCAAGUAUCCAAGAUCCCAAAGAGUUCGAGGAGCUGUUUUCCAAAGCUGCUGUCCAGCAGACAAAGAAGCCGCUGUCAGACUCUUACGAGAAGAAGGCAAAGGCCAAAAAGAUUGUUAAGCUGUUGGAUGGGAAGCGUUCUCAAACUGUUGGGAUCCUGAUAUCUAGUCUGCACCUGGACAUGAAGGAUAUUCAGCAAGCUGUUCUGACUGUGGACAACUCAGUUGUGGACUUGGAAACCAUUGAAGCGUUGUAUGAAAACAGAGCACAAAGCGAUGAGCUGGAUAAGAUAAAGAAGCAUUACGAAACUUUGAAAGAGGACGAAGUGAAGCUGCUUGACAAACCAGAACAGUUCUUGUACGAGUUAUCUCAGAUUCCUGAUUUCUCUGGACGAGCCCGUUGUAUUAUAUUCCAGCCUGCAUUCACCGAGGGAAUCGCUUUAGUCCAUCGCAAAGUAGAGAUUGUGGAUCGUGUUUGCAAGGGCUUGUUGGAGCCCCGCAGUGUCAAGGACUUGCUAGGAUUGAUCCUGGCUUUUGGAAACUACAUGAACGGGGGGAAUCGUACAAGAGGGCAGGCGGAUGGCUUUGGGUUGGAAAUUUUACCAAAGUUGAAAGACGUGAAGAGCAGGGACAAUAAAACCAGUUUGGUGGAUUACGUAGUGUCAUAUUAUCUACGAUACAUUGACAAGGAUGCAGGAACGGAGAAGACUGUCUUCCCCCUCCCAGAGCCACAGGACCUGUUUCUGGCCGCGCAGGUCAAGUUUGAGGACGUGACGAAGGACCUGAGGAAGCUGAAGAAGGAGCUGGACGCUUGUGAAAAAGAAAUUACAGUGGUGUGCAAAAACUCAUCAGAGGAGCAUCUCCAGCCUUUUAAGGAGAAAAUGGAAACCUUUGUUCAAAAUGCACACCAAGAACAUUGUGCCGAAGAGGAUCAUUUGAAAACUGCUCUAGGAAGCUUUGAAGACACAGUGAGAUAUUUUGGUGUGAAGCCAAAGUCGGGGGACAAGGAGAUCACUCCAAACGUUGUCUUUAUGCUGUGGUUUGAGUUCUGUAAUGACUUCAAGAACGUUUGGAAGCGAGAGAACAAAAAUAUUUCCAAAGAAAGACUCAAGGAGGCCCAGCUGUCUGUCCAGAAAAUGACAGCAGAAAAGAAGGUUGAAACCAAGAGGAUAAGCCCCAACAGUCUGAAAGAACGGCUACGUCAGAAGGAAGCAACUGUGAGCACCAGCUAAAACAAGGAGAGUGGAACUGUGACUCGACAACGUUACACUUCGCUCUCAAACUACCAACGCUCAAGCGACUCCCGCUGCUAGCUGUACGCCACUCCUCCUGUCCAGUUGACGUGAGAACUCACGUGAUGAGAUCACUGGGCAACUAAAAUAUCCUUUGUUUACAGUUUGCAGGGGAGAAAGUCCCUCAUAAAGUCAUUCCUUCAGAAGCUUAGAGCAGGCAGUGAUGUUUCUUUAUCGUGCGUGAAAGCAUAAAUGCUUAGGAAGACCUGGGGCUAUGAGGUCAACAGGCUGCUCUUAUAUCAAUGUAAUAAGGCCCUGCUAUAAAUAACCUCUAUAAGUGGGGCGCUGCACUCAAACAUACAUGAGAGUUCCGAGGUUAUUUUCUGGUUUAAAAUGUUCACUGCUGAGCUGGUCUUAUUUGGAAUUUUAAGCAAUACAAAUGCAUCAUAUCUUGAGGUCUUAAUACUUGUUAGAUACUUCUGAGAAGUUAAGGUGUGUUUAAUGAAGAGUUCAAAGAAAAAUAUGGAGUCUUAGUGAAACUUUGAUAUGUUUAUCUUAGGAGCUCAGAUGUUGCCCGGGUUUAUUGAAAGAGUCUGAUAUAAAGUUGUGAUUGGUCUCUACCCUUUACCGUCUAUAUGUGCAGCAUGGUUUUCAUAAUGACAGAAUAAGCGGGUUUGCAGUCUGAUUUAGGAGGUGCGAUUACUGGUUGUGUAUUUAUAAAAGGGCCAGUCGACACAUGCUUGUUUAUAAAAUUUGGUAGCAUGUUUCCUACCAACAUUACUUAAGAUAUAUAAAUACAUUUAAAUAAAACACAUCUCCCAAAUCAAGCCGUUAGUGCAUCUACAUGUCAUCUCUUGUCUUGUUUGCAAGUGGCUUAAAUUGUAGGAAGAGAAGUGAGAUAUUCUUUUAUUCUAGUAUUUUACAGUAAUUCCCAGUCAGAGCAAGAACCUGCUAGCUCUUAAACUUGACAUCAAAAAAAUGAAGUACUUUCCCUAAUAACUUGAAAUAAUAUCGGCUAAAAAUUAUUAGCAAGAUCAAUGAAUUUGAAUUCUCGCCAACUUAUAUAAAAACAACAAUUUACAUUUAAAAACAUGUGGUCUCUUUAAAACACUUAUAUUUUUGUUAUUUCCUCAAAAAGAAUAUUGUAUAAUUAAAUCUCUCUACUGUAGUAGGGAUGUGUACAUAAAAAAAAUAUAUCUAUAUUUUCCUCCUAAAUAUCUAUAGCUCAACCAUAACACAAGUUUUUUUGUACAUACUGUAAGGCUUUCCCAGGUAUGAGUAAGACCUUGUGGUUAAAUAUCACAUACCCUAAUGAUGCAGAAACAGAAGAUUGUAUUUUUCAGGAGAUUGUCAGUAAAGCAAAAGGACUAUUGUUUUCCAGUUAUAAAUAUGUUUUUUUUUUUGUUUUUUUUUUACUGUUUCUGUGUUUUAACAAUAUUUGCAAAGACCAAACCAACCCGUAUAUCAUGGUAUAUUUCUAGGUUGUGUUCAAACUAAAUAUUUUAAAUAUGUCUAAUUUGUAAAUGCAUAUCAACUGUCUGGUGUGAAAAGGUGCAUAUGAAGUUUUGAAGUUUUCCUUGCUGGGAUGAAAUUGUAUAUCAAAUUGGUCUUAAUUUUACUAAAUAAAAAGUUUGUUUUAACCUUUAACAUGGUUAUGCUAUUUACAAAAUAAUAAACUGAAAGUCAUCUUAAUGAUGGGACCCAAAUGAUUAUAAAAUAAAUACUGGAAAAUAUAUAUUGCUACUGUAUAUAAUAGUCUGUAUUAUACUUUACUUUCAGCUAAUUCCAUGUUUUUUUCUAUAGGGUUUAGAAUUCAGACAUUUAUUAAAGGUUAUGGUUUCUG